AUGGUGGUAAUGUUGACGCAAAAGGGCCGAGAAAUGAGCGGCGGUGGUGGUCCUACUGCGGAGGAGGGUGAGUUGUUUGUGGCGGUGGCCGUGAAGGGUAUCAUCGGAGAUAAAUUGGGCGGGGCUGGUAGCCGCCGGGCCGUAAGGUGGGCCGUCGAUAAUCUCUUACCUAAGGCUCAUCGGUUUGUGAUGAUUCACGUCAUUCCCACCAUUAGUACUAUUCCUACCCCUACCGGAGAGAGACUACCGGUGGAGGAAGUGGAGGAGAGAUUGGUCGAAAUGUAUGUGAGAGACGUGAAACAAGAAUUUGAAACAGUCUUUGUUCCCUUCUUGAAAAUGUGCAAGAGUGGUAGUACCAAGUGUCAGGUAGAGACUCUGUUGCUAGAGUACGAUGAUCCAGCCAAAGCGCUUCUAAGAUUCAUUUACAAAUCAGGAGUUAACAGUUUGGUUAUGGGCUCAUUCAAUUCAAACAUAUUCACAAGGAGAACAAAAGGUCCAGGAGUACCAUUGACUGUCUUAAGAUACGCCCCAGAGACAUGUGAAGUAUACAUUGUGUGUAGAGACAGAAUCACUACAAAAUCUAUGGAUCCAUUGAUCAACGCAGCGCCAUGCACAAGUCCAAACGCAGCCGCGACCGCCCGCGGUUUCCUGAAAGACGGGGCGGCUAGCUUCCACAAUGUACAGUCUAAAACGUUAUCUGAUCCUCGACAAUCCAUAGAGGCAGGCACGAGGAGGUCAGCAUCGGCUAAAGAGCUGAGAUUAGAGGUAUUUGGCCUCGCUCAUAGUGAUCCCGAAACGCCUCAAAGUAGUAAGGAUUCUAGUGCGACAGUUCCAGAGAUUGUAAGGAGGCGUGGAGGAUCUGAUAUUCCACAGCUAAAUUACUCAGAUUUUGAUCAAACAAACGAACACCAAACGAAUCAUGAGAACAUCGUCAGAGAACAAAGAGACUCUGAUUCGCCACCCGCAACAUCUAGAAAAUCCAAGAAGGUUGAGAUUGAAGCAGAGGUCGAGCGUUUGAAGAAGGAGUUACAAAGUACGGUCGUUAAAUAUAAACAAGCUUGCGAAGAGCUUUUCUCCACACAAAACAAGGUUCAGGUGCUGUCGUCGGAAUGUUCCAAAGACGCUAGAAGGGUGAACAAUGCUGUGGAGAAAGGAGAGUUGCAGAGGAAAACCGCGGCGCUGGAGAAAGAGCGGUACAAGAAGGCGGUCAAAGAAGUAGAAGCAGCGAAGGCGUUGCUUGCGAGAGAGUUUUGUCAGCGACAGAUCGCAGAAGUGAAUGCUUUAAGGACUUACUUGGAGAAGAAGAAAGUGAUCGAUCAGCUUUUAGGAACCGAUCACCGGUACAGGAAAUACACAAUCGAAGAGAUCGUUACAGCCACCGAAGGAUUCUCGCCGGAGAAAGUGAUCGGAGAAGGAGGUUACGGUAAAGUUUACCGUUGUAGCAUUGAUAGUACUCCUGCGGCUGUUAAGGUUGUCCGGCUAGAUACGCCAGAGAAGAAACAAGAGUUCUUGAAAGAGGUUGAAGUUCUAAGCCAACUCCGACACCCACACGUGGUUCUCCUCCUCGGUGCUUGUCCGGAGAAUGGUUGUUUGGUUUACGAGUAUUUGGAAAAUGGAAGCCUCGAGGAAUAUAUAUUUCACCGGAAAAAUAAACCGCCUUUGCCUUGGUUUAUCCGGUUUAGAGUAAUUUUCGAGGUAGCUUGUGGUUUAGCCUUCUUACACAGCUCUAAACCGGAACCAAUUGUUCACCGCGACCUAAAACCGGGAAACAUCUUGUUAAACCGAAACUACGUGAGCAAAAUCGCCGACGUCGGUUUAGCAAAGCUAGUUACAGAUGUUGCACCGGAUAACGUGACCAUGUACCGGCACUCUGUUCUUGCCGGUACAUUGCACUACAUUGACCCAGAAUACCAUCGAACCGGAACGAUUAGACCCAAAUCAGAUCUUUACGCGUUUGGGAUAACCAUUCUUCAGCUGUUGACGGCUCGUCAGCCGAGCGGGCUUGUACACGCGGUCGAAAACGCGGUAAAGAGAGGAACGUUAACCGAAAUGCUAGACAAAUCGGUUACCGAUUGGCCUUUGGCGGAAACCGAGGAGCUGGCACGGAUCGGUUUAAAAUGUGCGGAAUUUCGGUGCCGAGAUAGACCGGAUCUUAAAGCAGAGGUUAUACCGGUUUUGAAACGGCUUGUAGAGACUGCAAAUUCGAAGAUAAAGAAAGAACGAAGCAAUUUGCGUGCACCAAGUCAUUACUUCUGUCCCAUCUUAAGGGAGAUAAUGGAGGAGCCAGAGGUUGCAGCCGAUGGAUUCACGUACGAGAAGAAAGCGAUUUUAGCGUGGCUUGAGAAACACAACAUUUCACCAGUGACUCGACAAAAGCUGGACCACUUCAAACUCACACCAAACCAUACACUCCGGUCUGCGAUUCGCGAUUGGAAAUCAAGAGUCCGGUUUUCUAAUGCGGUUGUUAAUAUAAAAGAUUGA